AUGACUGAUUCUAAAUACUUUACAACAACAAAAAAGGGAGAGAUAUUUGAACUCAAAUCGGAACUCAAUAGUGAUAAAAAAGAAAAGAAAAAAGAAGCUGUUAAAAAGGUCAUUGCUUCUAUGACAGUUGGUAAGGAUGUUUCUGCACUAUUUCCUGAUGUAGUCAACUGCAUGCAGACAGACAACCUUGAACUUAAGAAAUUGGUCUACUUAUAUCUAAUGAAUUAUGCCAAAUCACAGCCAGAUAUGGCUAUAAUGGCUGUUAAUACAUUUGUUAAGGACUGUGAAGAUUCGAAUCCACUAAUUCGUGCACUGGCCGUGCGAACUAUGGGAUGCAUUCGGGUUGACAAAAUCACAGAGUAUCUUUGUGAGCCUCUGCGAAAAUGCUUGAAGGAUGAAGACCCAUAUGUGAGGAAAACUGCAGCUGUUUGUGUUGCCAAGUUGUAUGAUAUUUCACCAAGUAUGGUGGAGGAUCAGGGUUUUCUGGAUCAGUUAAAGGAAUUGCUGAGUGAUUCAAACCCCAUGGUUGUUGCUAAUGCCGUGGCAGCUCUCUCUGAGAUUAACGAAGCAAGUGUUUCAGGACAUCCAUUAGUUGAAAUGAACGCGCCAACCAUUAACAAACUACUGACAGCCCUUAAUGAAUGCACUGAGUGGGGUCAGGUGUUUAUCCUCGAUGCAUUGUCAAACUACUGCCCUCGUGACUCGCGUGAGGCUCACUCCAUCUGCGAGAGAAUAACCCCGAGGCUAGCGCACGCUAAUGCAGCUGUUGUGCUUUCCGCGGUCAAGGUUCUUAUGAAACUUAUGGAAAUGCUCUCUGAUGAGACAGAACUUGUUAACACCUUGUCUCGUAAACUGGCCCCACCCCUGGUUACCCUAUUGAGUGCUGAACCAGAAGUCCAGUACGUGGCUCUUCGGAACAUAAACCUUGUUGUCCAGAAGAGGCCGGAAAUUCUUAAACAUGAGAUGAAGGUGUUCUUUGUGAAGUACAACGACCCUAUAUAUGUAAAGUUGGAAAAGCUGGACAUCAUGAUACGUCUCGCGUCGCAGGCGAAUAUCGCGCAAGUGCUGGGUGAAUUGAAGGAGUAUGCUACUGAGGUGGACGUGGACUUUGUGAGGAAGGCCGUUCGGGCUAUUGGUAGAUGUGCUAUUAAGGUGGAGCCAUCGGCCGAACGAUGCGUAUCAACUUUGCUGGAGUUAAUUCAAACCAAAGUGAACUAUGUGGUGCAGGAAGCCAUCGUUGUGAUCAAAGAUAUAUUUCGGAAGUACCCGAAUAAAUAUGAGAGCAUUAUCAGCACUUUGUGUGAAAAUCUUGACACCUUAGAUGAGCCAGAGGCCAGGGCGUCUAUGGUAUGGAUUGUGGGCGAGUACGCGGAGCGUAUCGACAACGCUGAUGAGUUGUUAGAUUCAUUCCUCGAGGGAUUCCACGAUGAAAACGCUCAGGUCCAACUGCAACUUCUGACAGCGGUGGUUAAGUUGUUCUUAAAACGCCCCGCUGACACUCAAGAACUCGUGCAACACGUACUCAGUCUCGCUACACAGGACUCUGACAACCCAGACCUCAGAGACCGCGGUUUCAUCUAUUGGCGAUUGCUAUCAACUGAUCCUGCUGCUGCGAAGGAAGUGGUGCUGGCAGACAAGCCUCUGAUCUCAGAGGAAACGGAUCUCUUGGAGCCGACGCUUUUGGAUGAGCUGAUCUGCCACAUCAGCUCACUGGCUUCAGUCUAUCAUAAACCGCCCACAGCCUUCGUAGAAGGUCGCGCGGCGGGCGUGCGCAAGUCUCUUCCAGCUCGUGGUGUAACCGGAGAAGAAUCAGUACCACAGGCCACUGUCAUUCCUAACCAGGAGUCGCUCAUCGGUGACCUUUUGUCAAUGGACAUUGGCGGCGGAGCUCCAAAUGCCUCUGGACCUGCACCUGCGCCGGCCUCUAAUCUAGACUUGCUAGCUGGUGGAUUGGACGUACUUUUGGGCGGUGGACCGGAGCCGACUCCCGCCCCAAGUACAACUGGUCUUUUGGGAGACAUAUUCGGUGUAGCCGCUCCUCCAGCUUCCUUUGUGCCGCUCAAGCAGUGCUGGCUGCCCGCUGAUAAAGGAAAAGGCCUGGAGAUUUGGGGUACCUUCAGUAGGCAAGGCGGUCAGCCGCGUGUUGAGAUGACUUUCACCAACAAAGCCAUGCAGCCCAUGACAGGGUUCGCUAUACAACUCAAUAAGAACAGUUUCGGCAUAUACCCGGGAGGUGCGCUGUCAGUGGGCGCGGUGGGGGCAGGCGCACGUGUUGACGCACCCUUACCUCUCGCCACUGGAGGACCCGUUCAGAGGAUGGAGCCACUCAACAACUUGCAGGUGGCGGUCAAGAACAACAUAGACGUGUUCUACUUCGCCUGCCUCAUUCCAGCUCACAUCCUCUUCACAGAAGACGGACAGCUCGAUAAAAGGGUCUUCCUCACCACCUGGAAAGAAAUCCCAGCAGCGAACGAAGUCCAGCACACGAUUAACAAUCUUGUCGGCACGGCUGACACGAUCGCUCACAAGAUGUCGCUGAACAACGUUUUCACCAUCGCCAAGAGAAACGUCGAAGGGCAAGACAUGCUCUACCAGUCCCUGAAACUGACGAACAACAUCUGGGUUCUUCUGGAACUAAAACUUCAACCUGGCAACCCUGAGGCUACCCUCAGCUUGAAAUCCCGCACGGUAGAGGUUGCCACAUGCAUAUUCCAGGCUUACGAAGCCAUACUCAAGUCGUAA